AUGCCAAUCAAAUCGACUUUAUUAAGAAAAAGAAGUUUUCAUAAUAAACAGAACUUCGAACAUAUAAUACAUUCUUCAAAUGAUGAAAAAUCAUUAUCAAGAAAAGGAUUAGAAUUUCUUGCAGCAUCUGACCAUGAACAACAUCUUGUACUAUCAUCACCAGUUAUCGUUCAAGAACAGCAACAAUCAAAUGUACCAAGAGAUUUUCUCAAUGAACAAGAAUUUUUGUCAUCAACUGUUCCAAUCGAACAUUUAAUUAUUAACACAAAUAAAACAGAUAUUCUAUCUUCUGUCAUCCGUAUUGAACGGUCAUUAUCUCCAUCUCUUUCACAACUGAUUCCAGAUCCGAUUAUUAAUGACAAACAGACAACAAAUAGAAUUUUUAAUCAAAAAAAUUCUAUACAUUUUACAUAUCCAUCUCAAUUUAAUACAAUAAUACCUAUUGAUUCUUCAUUAAAAAAACAUUCCAAUUCUAUUCAUGAUGAUUUAUCAUCAUCAUCAAAUAAUAUACGUUAUUAUCAAAUUGGUACUAUAUUUACUUCAACAAGCACAUUUAUUAUGCAUCAAAAUGAAGUUAUUGCUCAGACAACUAGAUCUGAUCGUUUUCUUUCAGACACUAUUUUCAUUAUUUUAAUUGCAACUCUCACAAUAAUUAUUUUACUCUUUUGUUUAGUUCUCUUUUGUCUAUGUCGUCGUACAACUAAACGUAAUAUAUCACCAUCAUUUGAUGGUGCUUGUUACAUAGGAUUAAAUGAACAUUCAUUAGAAAUACCUUGUGAUAAUGAUCAACAACGAAUAUCUAAAUAUGAAAAUGAUCUUUCUUAUAUAAAUGAUAUUCCAUCAUCAUAUAUACAAACAAAGUCAUCCAUCAAUCAUCCAUCAUUGAUAAAUAAUGAUAGAAUUUCUUUACAUAAUGUUAUAAAACAAAAGUCAAAAAUAAAUGAAAAAAAUUUAAAAAGAAAACGUCUUAAUAAUUGUUGUUAUUGUUGUUGUUCUAAUUCAAAAACAAAAUCUUCAUCAACAAAAAUUAAUAAACGAAAUCGAAUGAAAAGAAACGAAAUAUAA